UUGAGAUGUUUAAAGCUUGGGAAAUCUUUUUGUAUCCAAAUCCGGCUUUAAACUUCUCCACAACAGUAUCUCGGACCUGCCUGGUGUGUUCCUUGGUUUUCAUAAUGCUCUCUGCACUUUUAACAGAACCCUAAGACUAUCACAGAGCAGGUGCAUUUAUACGGAGACUUGAUUACACACAGGUGGAUUCUAUUUAUCAUCAUCGGUCAUUUAGGACAACAUUGGAUCAUUCAGAGAUCCUCACUGAACUUCUGGUUUGCUGCACUGAAAGUAAAGGGGCCGAAUAAUAUUGCACGCCCCACUUUUCAGUUUUUUAUUUGUUAAAAAUGUUUAAAUUAUCCAAUAAAUGUAACGCGAUCGUGUGUGUUUUUGUUUGUAUUUAAUAAACCCAUGAACGCCUCCCUCUUUUGUUGUCUGCCUUGAGGUACAACCUUGUUUCCACAGUUGCGGACCCUAACAUUGGCAACAAAAUAAACCACACAUUUCCGAAGAUGGACGAUGGACUCUCUUCUUCGGCUCUCCAAUCCAGAGGCAAUUUAAUUUUGUUAAAAUUUCAGUUAAAUUUGCCAUUUCCAGUUUACCAUGUUGUAAUUUUGAUGUGUGUUUACCGCUUUUCCUCUUACUGCGAAAAAAGAGGAAAUUACGAUCGGCCCGCUAUAUUUACGUCAUGAGUCUUAGUGCUAUGACCCGGGAAUUGUAACCUUAAGUUCAAGGCAGACAUUUUCAAAGAUGGCGCAGCCAUAUUUCGCUCAGUAAACUUGUCUAUAUAUAAAUCAACUUGAGAAUACAGUCACUUGAGGACAUAGCCAAUGUGUAUUUUUCUUUGAAUUUUCAAUUUGUUUAUUUUAUCAAUUCAUUUAUAGCAUAGAAUUUAAAACAUGAAGUUGAAUAAUGAUUUGAUCAUCAUGAAUAAAAAAUAUAUAACCAACAAUAGUAUGCAUUUCAUUGAUCAAAGUCAGAAACAACCUGCUUUGAGUCGAGGCUUAUUGCCAACAGCGACCUCUCCUGGAUGUUCCUUCUCUUUGCCUCGAUGCAGUUCUACCUUGCAUUCUUCUUUCGUAGCUUUGGAAUAAUUAGGUCUCAUGGCUAGCAAGAUAAGCUAAACCAAGUGAUCCUGAGAAGCUUCAGUGCCUUAUUAAAAUGAACCGAUUCCAUUAUUUUGUUGCCUGAUGGAUGAAUUUCAACGGAAGCUGUCUAGUCAGUUGGAUAAAGACCUUACGUCCAACGUAUUUAUUUCCAGACAAACUUCUGAGCCACCUAAAUUGAGUUACUGAUAGUUAUUAGUCAAAUACCGAUAUGUUUAUCAUACUUUUGGAGUCCAAACUCUCCGACAUAAUACACUGAAUUUUCAGCACCUGAACGUUUUUACUUCCGGUUCACUUGACGCAACAAAUGUGAGUGUGCACCUAUCGGGGACUUGCAGUCCUUUCCUGUACUCUUCUGCUAACCAAACGAGCUCCUUUAAAGCAUUCUCAUCGGCUAAAUACUGAAGUCACGACAAACAACUGUAAAACGAAACAAAAUGAAGAGUCCCGCAGACGUCACUGUGGAAGAUCAUCAUUCUAAGAAGCAUGAUCCCCUCCGAGUCAAACGUGAGGAGUCCGAUAUGCCUUGUAUCAAACAGGAGGCGGAGCCAGAGACCCCCUACAUCAAAGAAGAACAGGAAGAUGAAAUCCCCCAGUUUCCAAUGUGUGUUAGUGUGAAAAUCGAAGAAGAAGAAGGUCCAAGCGAAGAGAGCGGAGCAGCAAAAUUUUCGAGCGACAGCUCAUUUCAGCACCUGACAACAAAAGGAGAGGGACAAUCGCAAACAGACAGCCUCUUAGCACCGCUUUCAGACAGCGACGACGUCACGUCACACUCUUCUGACUUCAACACUGAUGAGGAGGAAGAUGACUUUGACCAAAAUGCUUCGGAAUCCUUAAACAAGUCAUUGAAAAAAGACACUCAAGAAUGCGGAAUGAGGAAGGCUUUUCCCUGCUCACUUUGUGAUCAAACAUUUUCUAGGAAACAUCUUUUAAAAAAACACAUUCGUACACACACUGGGGAGAAGUCUUUUGGCUGUACACAUUGCGAUAAAAGAUUUUCUAGGAGUUCUAAUUUAAUUCGACAUAAACGUACACACACUGGAGAAAAUCCUUUUGCCUGCUCACUUUGUGGCAAAAGAUUCACCCAGAAGGGACAUUUAAAAAAACACACACUCACACACACAGGGGAGAAGCCUUUUGCCUGCACACUUUGUGAUAAAAGAUUCACUACGAAAGGAAGUUUAGUCAUGCACGAUAGAAUACACACUGGUGAGAAGCCUUUUGCCUGCUCACUUUGUGAUAAAAGAUUUUUUCAGAAGACCAAUUUAAAAAAUCAUCAGCAUACACACACUGGAGGGAAGCCUUUUGUCUGUACACAUUGCGAUAAAAGAUUUUCUGGGAGUUCUAGUUUAAGUAGACAUAAACGUACACACACUGGAGAAAAGCCUUUUGCCUGCACACUUUGCGAUCAAAGAUUCACCGAUAAGGGACAUUUAAAAAAACACACAGUCACACACACUGGAGAGAGGCCUUUCUCCUGUACUCUUUGCGUCAAAAGAUUUUCAAAGAGAAGUCAUUUAGAACAACACACACGUACACACACUGGAGAAAAGCCUUUUGCCUGCUCAUUUUGUGGUAAAAGAUUCACUCAGAAAGGAAAUUUAGUCUUGCACGAAAGAAUACACACUGGAGAGAAGCCUUUUGCCUGCUCACUUUGCGGGGAAAGAUUUUCUCAGAAGCUACGUUUAGUAUUGCACAUAAGAAAACACACUGUGGAAAAACCUUUGAAUUGCAAUGUGUGACCAAAUAUUCUGAUCCCUGCCACGCAUAUACAGUGGAAAAAGUAUUUCAAUUUCCUUAUGCAGUUUCCCUUCAGCCUCUUUUUGAAAAAGUUGUUCUAAUGAUUUUGCAGGUCCUUUUUAACAACUGUCCAAUAUUCUGAUUUUCUUAAUUGAAUGAAUUGACGUUAUAUGUCUUUCUGUUGGGAUUGUUCCAUACUGCUUUCUAAAGCCCACGGGCGUAGGUUUGGUCUCAACAAUGGUAGGGACGCUAUAACAGCAUAGCCUGCAUAUACACUUUUUGCUGGGGACGGGACAUUAAUAAGACCAAAUAGAUUGGGUGAAAGUGGGGCUGGGCUACAUUUCUCACAAAUAUGCUGAUGUGUUGCCUACGUAAAAAUGAAAAAAGUUACAAUUGUUAUUUUCAAGGGAGAAAAUGGGGGAAAUCCCUCUUUCUUCAUAUAAAGGAAAUUUACAGUGGAUGUGUUUUUGUGUGCUUUUUUUUUUUUUUUUUUUUACAGAAAUGUUUGCAUAGGCUGCAAAUAACAUUUUUAAAUGAAUAACGGAGAAAACUAAUAAAUUUAAUCAAUGAAGAAAUGCACAGUUGAAGUAACGUUAACGGUAGAAAACACAUACAGUACAGGAGGAAACUUAUCUCUAAGCUGCUCCCUACUCGAGUUUUGCAGGUUAGUAAGUUCACACAGUUUAAUGUUAUGCUAACUGUGAUGCAGGUCGGACGUUAACAAAAUUAGUGGCGUGUUCCCCACCUCCACAACAUUGACGUGUACUUACAGCUGCUGUUGUGGCUGGCCGAAAAAAAAUUCUAAUAUCCCUCAUCUUUGAAGGGGGUGGAGGAGGCGGCAGGUUGACUUGUAUUUCUGUCGGGGUUGUGUGAGUAUGCGUGUUUGUUUGUUCAAGACAUCAGCCAAUCAAACGUGCGUUUGAGGGCAAAAAUAUGGACCGGCACAUUCAGCAGUGAAAAGGGGUAAAUGUAGGUCUGAACAUAAUGAAAAUACAGUAAUUCACUUAAUAAUGGAAGGGUCAAUUCUAUUCUUACAACCUAUGUGAAGACAUUAUUGAUUAUUAUUAAUAAUUAUCAAUUAAUAUAUAAUCAAUUAAUAAUUAUAUAAUUCAAAUACGGUUGCUUAAAAGUUGGUGGGGACAAUUUGAGUAUCCUGAGAAGUUGGUAGUGUUAUGUCCCUACCAUCCCGAUGCAAACCUCCACCCUUGUUAAAGCCCCUUUCAGACUUAUGUCCUGUUAAAUUCCCGUGUAAGGUGACGCAGGAUUUAAACGUGUCAUACCUUUGACACAUGGGGAAAUGUCCCAGGAAUAAACCGGGUUGUAUGUGUGAAAGUGGGUUCCCGGGUUGGUGUCUCGGCGCUCUCUGUGCGGGGAGGGCGGCUGGCGCGAUGUUAUAACCAGAGCAUUACAUCAUUUUUGGUCGGCAUCACCUGUCACAUUCUGUUGGUCAGAUCGUGUUUUGUUACAGAGCGUUCCUGACGUUGUACCUGAAGUCAAUUCAAGGUAAUCAAGACUGUAUUUUAAGCUCAGGCGAUCCAAGAGAAGGGUGCCGAGAUAUCAACUUGCUGGGCGCCAUUCGACACUUUGUACUCUUGAAUGUUGUGCAUUUGCUGGCUUGUUUGUCAACCGCCAUUCUUUUGAAAUCCUCUACGUUGUGCUGGCAUUUGGGUAUAUUUAUUUUGCUAUCGGUUCUCUUCCUACCGCUUAGGUUAAUAUUAUUGAUCCUCGCCGUUUUCACGGACAUAUUGUGUUAUUCCCGUUAUUUUUCCGCGAUCGUGUGUGUUUUUGUUUGUAUUUAAUAAACCCUUGAACGCUUCCCUCUUUUGUUGUGUACCUUGAGGUACAACCUUGUUUCCACAGUUGCGGACCCUAACACUGGCAACAAAAUAAACCACACAUUUCCGAAGAUGGACGAUG